AUGGAGUCCUUUGAAGAUUUGACAGCGUAUCUUGAUGAGGUAGUUAAUGGUAGGGAUGUGUCUUGCUCUUUGGAGCAAGAAGAAUUUCAAGAAGAACCUGAGGCCUCUGAAGGAGAGGAAGAGCAGCAUGAGAUGCUUGAGACUGGGUAUUUGGUAAUGAAUGUUAAUGCAUUCGAUCCAGCCGAAGAAGAACAGGAAGCUUUCUUAGAUUAUUCUGAAAGUGAAGAGCAACCGCUAGACUAUUUCAUGGGGAAGAGUUCAUCUGACAGUCCGAGCACAAGAUCAAAUGAGAAUUCUGAUGAAGUGUUGAACAAGCCUUGCAAUACCACCCAGUCAGAGCACAGUGGGGGGCAAGAGGAUCAAGUGAGAAACAAUCCUGUAAGAAUAGAUACCACAUCUAUCAGCUCUGGAGACAAUUCUGAAAAACUGAAGGUAGCUCUGAAGAUUUCACUAUAAAAGAAGAUAGCCCACAAUUCACUCCAAAUAGAAGACACAAUGGAUGUCAAAGCAAGCACCUUUUCAGAGAUGAUAAUGUAAGGAAGACUACCAUCAGGGGUUGCAACCGUAUUGUUAAAACAAUGAUAGACGAGGCCCUCGAUGAAUAUUAUAACGAACAUAGAAUUAAUUUGAGAAGAAAAUUCAAAGAGUUAAAAUUAGAAAUCUUUGAUUUGUUUUCAGAAAAAAUUAUUAAUGCUCUUGGAAAUGAUCUUGAUGAAAGAAGUAUAAAAAGUAUCUACAGCAUUCUGAUUUUCCUAUCUAUCAGGAAGCAAAACAUUGAGGAUGCACUGAUUCCGUUCAAUAGUAACUCUGAGCAAAGUAGUAUUAUGAGAGAUCUUCAAAAAUAUAAUUCUCAAGGAAGAAGAUACACAAAGGCAAUAGGGGAAUUCUGUAUGGGCCAUCCGAUCAUGAAGCUUGCAAAGAUACUCUUCUUCUCCUCUGAGAAAUGGAGAGCAUUGUUUUCCAAGCAGGUUUUAAAUUGCAAUAAGAAAGUAGGAAUUUACGAUAAGGAAAAAUACCUGGAGAGAUUAAUUCAGGAAAUAAGAAAGAUUGAGCUUGAUUACUAAUUGAAAAUUUUCCUAAACUUCUGUUCUCUUUGUUUGGAGGGGGGUUUU